CGCUCUUGGUGCCAGUCAGCUGUUCACAGAAAGUAAACUACUGAUAUGUAAACACUGAACACAGCUGCAGCUUGCUGGGCAAGUGGCUUGCAAGUGACAGGGAAAGAGUUCACUAGAAAUGUAGCGGCCGGUCGUAGUUUUCUGCGCGGUCGGAGGAAGUCUACUGCAACACCAUGGCGACCUUGACUUCAUCAUCGGCACUGAUUAACUUGUGUGAUCCGGUCUUCAAGACUAUUGUCACUUGCGACACGGUGACGAGCGAAGGUUACGAAGUGACCAACCUCUUAUCAGAUGAUGUUCAAAAGAGGAAAGCAGGAUUUUUGUGUGACCGCUUCAUCAAAGCUCCCGUGGAGAUCACGUUAAAAUUGCCCUUUGAUGCAAAUAUCAGAUACAUCCAAAUUGGGGCAGAGGUGGGGCAACAGAAAUCAAGUGGGUUGGAUAUUUUUUCCUCUUCUGUCCCUUAUAAUUCUUCACUGUGCUCUGGCUCAUCUGAGGCCAAGCACCAGUCCAAAUCAAGCUUACUCUUGUCACCCAUAUCUGAGAGAAUAGUCUCAGUUUUCCUGAAUGAAGGAGAAAGAGGUGUCGUUGCAUUCUGUCCCCUACAGUAUGGCCGCCACAGCCCAACUCCUGUGCCCAAUACCAAAGCAGGUUUCAUUCAACGGUCCUUGAUGUGGAAAAAAAGAUCAGUUAUUGCCCACGCAUCUUCCAUAACAAUACGUAUAUUUAGGACGUUUGGUUCGUCAGUACCUGCCAUUGGCAGCAUAGAAAUAUGGGGAGGGCCGAGUUCUUGCAUUCCUCCUGGUCAAGUAUCCGAAAUCAUGAAUCAGUGGAUAUCAGCUCAACAGAAACAGUCCUCUGAUGCUGGUCACAUAGACGCAAUUCCUAAAGAGGUUGUCCCUGUUUUGUCUAAGAAGCUUGAUAUGUCUGUGCUUCCUGAUAUUCCCGAAGAGUUUCUUGAUGCCAUCACUGUAGAAAUUAUGGCAUUGCCAAUGGUCUUACCAAGUGGCAAGGUUGUUGACCAGCGAACAUUAGAUCUCCAUGCACAAGCAGAGGCCAACUGGGGCCGCCACCCAAGUGAUCCUUUCACUGGCCUUAUGUUUAGUGAUGGAUGCCGCCCAGUUAUUGAUUCAGCUCUGAAAGCCAGAAUUGAUCGCUUUCUGUUCUUAAAUCAAGAUCGCAAAGAUCUGAAAACUGUACCUCGAACUGUUGGCCGUGCUCAUCCACAGGUUUGCCAUCAAAGUGUGAGCAGAUUCCGCAGCAACCGAGUAUGUUUUGAUUCGGCUCCAACCAGUAGGAAAAGAACAGCUGUGGCUACAUCUACCAGUGCUUUUCUUUCAGGAGAGACUAGUGCCAAUGUGUACAGACCACACCUCAGUAUAAGUGUUAGUGAAAAUUUGUCUAGCAUUAAUAGUUGUAACAGUAAAACUGAGGCUGAAAACAAGAGUUCAGUCACUUCCACUGUGUCAAAGAAGCCAAGAUUGACUGAAUCUUUGACAAUUAAGGAAGACAAUGACUGUGAGGAUGAUGUUAUCUGCAUCACGCCCUGUGAUAAUUCUAAACCUGUUAAUGAUCUGAAAACUCAUGAGAAGAAACUUGAUGAUAGUUUAGAUUCUGCUCUAAAAGCAGUUUUAUCAGGCCUGCCAUCUUUUGUUAAUCCAUCUACACCAAUGACUGUUCAGAUAGAAUGUGGUUCCUGUAAGGCUCUCAGCUGUCUGUAUAAGUUGCCAUGUGAACAUUUUUUGUGCCGCCCUUGUUUAGUCAAAGAAACCAAACAAAAUCCAUCCACCUGCCAAUCUUGUAAUGUCGAGUUCAAGUCAUGUGAUCCAGUCUUCCAUCAUGAGUAAGAUGCAACUCUAUUCGUUUAAAUUGUAUAUUUGUCUUCCACUCCUUGUAUUUUAACAUUUUGUGCUCUAAGUGAUGUGUUGUUUCCUUUCUGUUGUAUCUUGUGUGCUGACUUUAUUGUAUAAAGAAUGUAUGCAGAACACAUGUGUACUACUUUCAAAUCAGAGCAAAAACUUUAUUCUCACAUUUUUUAAAUUUAUAAGUGUGGUGGAUGUAAAUGAAAUAAUUAUUUAAUUGGUGAUGGAUCCUUUGGUUGGAAAAUUACACCUGUGAUAUUGACUGUAAUGUAUUUUCUACAUUGUAUGAAGCCUGAUAAAUAUCUUUCAAUGUAUCAGUGAGAAAUAUUUAUUCUUGAAAUUAUAAAUUUGUAUGGUGCCCUCCCUCUAUUUUUGUGAGCCCUUACUGACUGCCGAUUGUGCUCUUUGUAUUAUUGCCGUACCUUGCAUCUGAAUAAAUGAAUAAACCCA